CCAGUCCUCACAUCGACUCUGAUCAAUUUCAAUCAUCUCGAGAAUUCAUACUACUUUUUCUACGUACUAUCGGAUAUUCAUUAGCGCUUCCUCCGCGUUUCGAAGCCUUGCUUUGAACAGUCUUACGCCUCUCGAUCUUGGGGACUGCCCAAUGACAUAUCGCCGAUGGCUACCGCAAAUAUGUCGGAUCCGUUCCAGCUUUUCGACUGGGAUGAGCUGGACCAGCCUGAAAAUCAAUCAGCUCCAGAGCCGGGUUUGAAGCUGGAGUUAAGGACCUACGAUGUCCGGGAAACCUCGAAAGGAGACAAAGUUCCCCUUGAGACUGGGAAAACAACGAAAUUCCGGGCUCAGGUGGACAAAGAUCGCAACUCUGCCAUGGUAGUGACGAAAUCGUAUUACAGCAAUCAGACUUUGAAGCAAGUUGAACUCGUCAUAAGGUCGCCGCAUAUCAAAGCCGCCAUGGCAUCUGUCAUAAAGAAGUACCCCGAGAUGAAUUUGGGUGACGAAAAGAUCACCAUUAUCGGUCCGCCGCGAUGCCUCUUUCAUUUCCGAAAAGAGCUCAGAGCUUACGGGCGACAGCUUAGGGACAGAGAUGCUGCAGAGCAUCUAGCAUUUGCAUUAAACUACAUGCAAACCAAUUUGGCGGAGGACAUAUCGCAUUACAAUAAUUGCAUAGCGAAGCAUGGCGAUUCCCCUGGACUGGACUUCGAGCGACUGUGGAUGGAAUAUCGUCCUGGAGACCUUAUCUUCGUCAAGUCUAAUGGUGUGGAGUGGAUUGGAAGGCUCGUUCGUAUGACAGCUGCUGGCUUCAUUUGGAAACAUUGGGAUGUGGAACUUGAGACAAUCAUCUACCAAGGUUCAGUGCUCCGCUAUUGGACUGAGGAUGUGCAGAUCCCUACGUAUGAUGGUUUCAAACAAUUCAAGGACCUGGAUGUCUUCCCACUGAGAUAUCAUCCCGAACGUCAGGCCAUUACGAGGAAAAUGAUGGAUAGAGGAGAGAAGUUCCUUGGCCUAAAGGGUGUCCAUCAACGUUUUUAUUGUGGUCCCGCACAAUGGGCUUCAGAUCGGAAGAAUGACGAGGAUGACGACUGGGAUUUCCAUUUUGAGAAAUUCAAGGUAACAAGCCGAGUCAUGAUCGACGCAGCUGGUUUUUGUGAAGCUCGUCCAGACCAUGCAGAUGCGUACUUUAGUUCAUACGAAAAGAGCAAGAUUGCUCAGAUUGCACCCGACUCCCUUUCCGGCGAACAGAAACUGAUAUACAGCCACCAAGUGCACGGGUUCUCGCUUACGGACAAACGAUGGUGUGUUUUUGAGGUAGACAAUAUCAAGCCUAUUGACUACGACGGCAAAGCAUUUGACAAUCUGCGUCUACCCCAGGAACAGAAAGAUACACUUCUAGCCUUGGCCAAGAUCCAUACAAAGGACGAUUUCCAGUUCGACGAUUUCAUCAAAGGGAAAGGGAGAGGCAUGAUAGUUUUGCUGCACGGAGAACCCGGUAUUGGCAAGACGCUUACUGCAGAAAGCAUUGCAGACUAUACUAAGAAGCCAUUGUUCCCAAUUCGUAGCGGAGACUUGGGCGUUGAGGCUUCGUCUCUUGAAAAGUGCCUAAAUGAAGCUUUCGAAAUGGCUGCGAAAUGGAAUGCAAUCAUCCUCAUAGACGAGGCGGAUGUGUACCUCGAACAACGGCAGCCCAACGAGCUCCAGCGGAAUAGUCUUGUUUCCGUAUUCUUACGUGUCCUUGAGUACUAUGAAGGCAUCAUGUUUUUGACAACGAAUCGCGUUGAGCAAUUCGACCUUGCUGUCAAGUCUAGAAUCCACUUGACCCUGAAGUAUAGCCGAUUGUCGGAGGCAUCCAGACGAGCGUUAUGGCACGAUUUCUUGCAAACAGGAUCUUCGGGCAGUAACCUCAACCACUUCGAUGACCGUCUCCUGGAUGAACUGGCGUCGCAUGACCUCAAUGGUCGCCAGAUGCGGAAUGUUGUUCGCACUGCGUAUGCCAUUGCACUUAGUAAGGGAUCAAGCCUUACUGCGGACCAUCUGCGGACCACGAUCAAAGCGAUGGUGACGUUUCAGGAAGAGAGGAAUUUGAGCGAUUCAGAUUCGUCGUCUGUCCGCCACGAAUGGGGGAGUCAUGAACGACGCCGCAAACGGCCAAGGCUCCUAUCACACGAUUCAUAG